AUGUUAUAUUGCUUUUUUAAAUAUUUAUGCGCUUUGUUUUACAUGUUGCAAAAAGCUUUUAACAAGUUUAAAUCGAACGUAAGUUAUAAAAAUGGAUUCCGUUUAAUCGGUUUUGCUGCUUUUUUAAGCGUUAGGUUUUGGGCGUUAUUUAUAUCGGUUAUUAACAAAUCCAAUUUUUUCGAACCCUUUAAAUUCGCUUUGCUGGAAACGGUAAUUUUUCGAUUUGUUAAAAAUUUAACGAAUGCUUUUGGGGCCUUUUUGUUAAAAUUUUCGAAAAAGGCGGAAAAAAAAAAAUUCGCCGCUAUAAUAACGGUAUUCGAGCAUAAACUUAAAAAUCCAAGUUUAAAUUCGAUCGUUAAAAGCGGCUUAAAAUGCUUUUUUUAA